ACCGUAACAUACUGAUAUUUCUGUUUAUUGUCCCUUGGUUAAAAUAAAAAGGUGAAACCGGUAGUGUAUUCAAUCUUUGCAAGCCACACACAUAUCUAAGCUAUUUAUAUCGGAUAACUUUACAUAAAAAAACAUAUGUCCCACAUUUAUGUCGAUUAUGUGAGUAACAGUAGUCCUAAUGUAUGUAAAUUAUACUCGGCCAUUGCGUCGCGGUCACGCCUCUUUCUACAGCAAGUCGGAUACGGCGGUUUCCAUGGGAUACCAGAGGAACAAACUUUUCACGUAGGCCUAAUAAGUGUAAUUUAGUGGCCUAACAUGGGAGAGACAGACUUGAGCAAAUAUGAUAUAUUUUGCUUGCAGGCCGAACUGGAACAGGAGAGAGAAAUUAAGGAAAUGCUGGAGGAGUCCAUAUCCGAUUUGAGGAGCACUUUAUCUGGACUGCAAGAGAGACUUCACAGCGUCGAUGGGGAAGGUAACGAGUGGAAAACUCGGUAUGAGACCCAGGUGGACCUGAAUGGACAGCUGAAGAGACAGACCACUCUCCUUCACGAGAGACUGGAGGAUUUACAAGGAAACCCAGUAGAUCGAUUGGCCUCAAUACGAUCGUAUGAUGACAUGCCAAUGGAUGCACUGAGGCAGAGACUGACGCUACUGACCAAUGAGAAGGCCGGCCUGCAGGGUCAGCUGACAGACUGCCGUCAGAGGAUCGAACAGGAAGGGAAGGCAUUUCAUAAGACCAACGACGAGAGGCGUGCGUAUCUGUCAGAAAUCGCUAAGCUGUCUUCCACCCUGGAUGCCAAUAGGAGGCAGUACCUAUGCCAGCCACGAGGGGCACCAGAGAGUCAACAAAGGGGAAAACCAAGCAAGCUGCCUGUGUCUGAUUCUACAAAAGGAGGAAGAGGAGCAGGAGGAGGAGCAGGAAGAGGAGCAGGAGGAGGAGCAGGAAGAGGAGCAGGAAGAGGAGCAGUGAGGAAGGAAGUUGUAGGGAGUAGAUUACCAAAACUAAAGCACUAGUCUGGUUAUUAAGGGCCGAAGUAAGGUCUUAUUUGUGGAACAUGAACAAUAAAAUUGACUUUUAUUUUGAAAUGAUCUGUGGAAUGUAUGAGAAUAAAAAAAAAAAAAAAAACAACAAAUGUACCAGUAUGCGCUUGGUUGUUUACUGUGAGGCUGUUAGGUAAAAAUAAACUUAG